GUAAUCUGAAGUUUUAAUAACUAACAAAAGUCUUAAGUGUGAAUAAACUGAUAAUUUGUAUCUUCUCCCCCUGGAGCAUAUAGCUUGGCCAAAUUCAGGCAGAUUUUUAUAUUGUGACAACAUAUCUAAGACAUAAGGCUUUCUCCCACAUGUGUCUCCUCAAAGAUUUUGGAAGAGAAACUUUUAAUUUUUAUAUGAAAAAAUAGUAAUCUGCAUACAUGAAAGCUUUUUCUUAGCCUCAUUUUUGGAACCGUUUUGGCUGAGCUUUUCUGUGGAGGAGGUUAAGAAAGUAAUCAGUCCAAGGUUUCAGAAGAAAGUUUUGCCAUUGCUGGUUGAAAUGUGUCAAAGUUUGAAAUAGCCUGACACGCUCUCAUGGUGGGAAGUUACAUCCAGCAGGUUAAUUCAGCAUCUGGAGGGAGGAUGCCAAGGCUUUCAUUAACAUGAAUAACCUUAUACACUCUGUUUUAAUACCAACAUGUAGUACUACUGUGGUAGAGACCAAGGACGUGUCAAAUCCAAAACCUUGCCACCCUACUCAAGCAGCCUCAUGCUCCACCCUUUUUUCCCUGAGUGGUGGCAUUGCCAGUAGGUCCUUGUUGCGUGUCAGGAUCCACGCGCUGAAAGCUUUGCAGGAGUUCAUCUGUCACAAGGAGAAAUAUCUUUUACCAUUUUCAAAGAAGAAGACUUGAAAAAGACGAGUUUGUGUGCUGUCACUCAUUGUUCCCACCAUCUGUAAAUGACCCCAUCUGCAGGUGCCUGCAGAUAGUUUGUGACCACCUGUUUUGUGCAGGCUUGCUGCUUGUAUUGCUGUUUUUCUGUAGGAGGAUACAAUGGAGUAUAUAUCUAGUGUAAAAAAAACUCAGUUAAAUAAAACAUUUAUAACUUGCCACUUUAUGAGGAUGGGGAAGUUAACAUGAGCUGUCCUGAGCCUUUUCUUGUCAUGUUGGCAGCUCAUACCAAGAGACCAGUGGUGCCUUAGAUGGCAUCAUCUCAUUUUCUCGUUGGUUUUCACUCUUAGAAUGUGGAAGUUGAAGUUAAUUCUUUAUCAUUAUGCAGCUGCCAUUCUUAAUACAAUAGAUUGAGUUACAUUUAAGCACCUAAUGAAUUGCCUCAAAUCCAAAACACGUUACCACUUGGAAGAAUAUGAAGUGCACUUUCAUUAUUACUUGAUGUCAAGAGCUUUGCUGUUUUUCACAGAAACAUCUGAAAUCACCCAGUGACACAGACAAUAAUCAGUUUCUGUGAAAAGAUGUGGAGUUGUUUCAGAGGUUCUCUACUUUCAAAGCCAGUGCCUUGCAAGUUAGUAAAUAGAGAGAUGAAUUCCAUGCAAUGAGUUGCAUUUCUGCAGUGGACAUCACUGGGCCAAACCAAUCUGAGAAUUAUUAUGGCAGGGUGCUAGCCUGGAGUUCUGGGUGUGGAGGGUUGGGUUGAGAGGAGAGGAGCAACUGCUGUUCAGAUGCUCAUCAUCAGUGUAGUUCAACCCAAAUCUCAAGGUUCCUGUUGCCAGACAAAAUCUGGUGCUGUUGGUGAUCCAUAGGAACUGCUGUGUGAGUUGGCAGUAGGGAAUAUUGCUGGGUGGGGUGAGCAUGUUCUUUUCUUGAGAGCUUGGGAGCUUUUCCACUGUGGCAGUCCUUUGUGGAAUGAAGAACGGGGACUUAAUGCUAGGUUUGCUGCUUAACAAGCCAGGCAACGCCUAUGACUUGCGAAUUCAACACUAAUUGUGGAAUUUAAUUUCUCUACCCAUUUUUCCCCCUAGGAGAUGUAAGCUGUUAGGAAAAUAAGAAGAAAAAUGGAGCAUUUGUGUGUGUAUUGUGUUUAAAUUUUGGACAUUUGAAAGAGUGGUUGCAAAUCAAUCCAUGCAUUUCAUGGAGUCAUAAAAUGCCCUUUAGUGUAUAUUAUUUGCUAGCCUGUACUUUAUUUGUACAAACCUCUUACAGUUAUUUGCAUUGUUUGCAAUAACCUUUCAAAAUGUUAAGAAUCCUCAUUACUGCUUUAUGAUUUUCAUUUCAAUUAGGGUGUUCUCUAUACCCUCUUCUGGUUCCUCACCCCCUCAGCCUGUGCAGUUAGAACAGAUUAUGUGUAUCAGUAAAGGUUUUCCAAAGUGAGUCGUGACUUGGUGUUGGCCACACUUGGUGAAGUUUGUCUUUAAUCAAACACACACCUCCUGUAUGCACUGCAUUUCUUCUGGAUAAUUUUUGUUAACAUAAACCAUGAUGUUUUCUUUCUCUUUUCUCUUGAGGACGAGUUAGUCCUUUCACAUAGAGCACCCCUCAGCAUGGCAGACCUUUCUCUCCAGUCUUUUCCGAGGCUUCAUUUCACCGUGGCUCCACCUCUGGCUUGCUGGCUCUCUCAGUUCUCCAUUGCUGAGUUUUUCUUUGUCCGGUUUCCCAUCUACGUGUUUUGGUUACAUUUCAGUGCUCUGAACGAGUGGUUUUGAGAGCAGUUGGAGGCACGGCGUGCACCACUUCCUGCCUCUGCAGUCCCUGUGGCUGUCACGCAGCUCGCCUGGUCACCAUCUGCAGCAGGCUCGAACGUGGGACGUGCCACCACAGCCGGGCUGCCCUCUGCUUCUGAGAAGGCGUUUGAGUUUGCAGUUCCUGGUUUGCAGGACCCCUUGCAGAGAAGGUUGAGAUGGUCCCUCAGCUGCCACAAAGAGCAAAAUGUGUGGAGUAGCUUUGUGUGGGUGCUCUGUUGUCUCUUUAUUUCCUUUAAUGGGGAGGGAAAGACCAGUUUGAGCCUGGCCUGGUUUCCAGUGUGCGUUGCAUCAUGUGCCCGUUGGACUGACAGGUAAAAAGGCAAGUUGAGACUGAAGAGUGGUUUCUGACAGCCAGCUUACCUUGUAUAGAUGUUGACCUGGGGCCAUUGUACAGAAGUCUACCCUGUGAAGUUUUUGAAGUUCUGCAUUCAGAAUUCAUAUCUGAAAACCUUGGCUGUAGGACUUUGAGAUACAUGUGCUAAUUUAUAUUCUAGCAUCUCUGAUUGACAUGUGUGCUGGUUAUGUUUAUCAGUUUACUAGUCUUGUAAGUCUAGUGGUGAGCACAUGGAAUUGUGGAUGUUUUCACUGUUUCAAUAUUCAUAAGUAGUUACCAGCAGAGAUCUCCAGACAGGAAGCUGUACCGCAGACUGGCAGAAUAGGAAGACCUAGAGAGAAAAGAGAUGGCAGUUCCUCCCUACAUUUAAGUAGGCUUUGGGUUUUGUGCUCAUGAUUUAACAGAUACCUUUUUCUUUAUGCAGGGCUGUAAUCGAAGUACAAGAUGGCAAAAACCAGCCAUAGCAACUAUGUCCUUCAGCAGCUAAACAAGCAAAGAGAGUGGGGCUUUCUGUGCGACUGCUGCAUCGCUAUCGAUGAUAUUUAUUUUCAAGCACAUAAAGCAGUCCUUGCUGCCUGCAGCGCCUAUUUUAGGAUGUUUUUUAUGAACCAUCAAAACACUACAGCCCAGCUGAAUCUAAGCAACAUGAAGAUUAGCGCUGAAUGUUUUGAUCUUAUUUUACAGUUCAUGUAUUUAGGAAAAAUUAUGACAGCCCCUGCCAAUUUUGAGCAAUUCAAAGUGGCCAUGAACUAUUUACAGCUGUAUAACGUACCUGAGUGUCUAGAAGAUAUACAGGAUACAGACUCAUCUAGUUUAAAAUGUUCAUCUCCUGCUUCUAGCACCCAGACUAGUAAAAUGAUAUUUGGUGUGAGAAUGUAUGAAGACGCACUUGCUAGAAAUGGCAGCGAAGCAAACAGGUGGGGCAUGGAGCCGCCAAGUUCAACGGUAAAUACAUCCCAUAACAAAGAGCCUGAGGAAGAAACUUUGCAGCUCAACAGCUUCCCCGAGCAACUGUUUGAUGUCUGCAAAAAAAGCACCACGUCCAAAUUCUCUCACACGAAAGAGCGCGUGUCACACUCACGCCGGUUUGGAAGGAGCUUCACCUGCGACAGCUGUGGGUUUAGUUUUAGCUGUGAAAAGCUACUGGAUGAGCACGUGUUAACGUGCACUAACAGGCAUUCCUACCAAAGUGCCAGGUACUACAGUGCUGAGAAAAUAGACUUUAGUGAAAAGAACUCUACUGCUAAAAUGAUCUCCACACAAACAGAAAAAUACAAGGGGGACUCGAAUCACGCUGCGGACAAUUCAUCAUCUCCCGUGUCAAACAUCACAAGCAGAAAAAGCAGCGUGGUUGCCUCUGAGACAUCAGGUGAAGAAGGAAGUCGAGCCUCUGAGAGGAAGAGGAUUAUCAUCAAGGUGGAGCCAGAGGACAAUCCUACAGAUGAGCUGAAGGAUUUUAAUAUUAUCAAGGUGGCAGAUAAAGACUGCAAUGAGUCUUCUGACAAUGACGACCUAGAUGAUGAACAGGAAGAGCCGCUUUACAGAUACUACGUCGAGGAAGAGAUGAGAGAGAAGAGGAACGCUCGGAAGACUCUAAAGCCUCGUUUGUCCAUGGAUGAGGAUGAAAGGAAGUGUUUGAAAAGUCCACGGCACCUUAACAGCAAGGCUCCUUCAGUGCAGGAAGAUGCGGAGAAUGCUCCCUGUGAACUUUGUGGGCUAACAAUCACUGAGGAAGAUUUGUCCUCUCAUUAUUUAUCCAAACACAUAGAAAAUAUAUGUGCCUGUGGCAAGUGUGGUCAAAUACUGGUCAAAGGCAAGCAGCUGCAGGAUCAUGCACAGACCUGUGGAGAACCCCAGGAUCUGACCAUGAACGGGAUCAGAAAUUCUGAGGAGAAAAUGGACUUGGAAGAAAACCCCGAGGAGCAGUCAGAAAUAAGGGACAUGAUGUUUGCAGAGAUGCUAGAGGACUUCAGGGACAGUCACUUCCCAAUUAACAGCCUUCAAAAAAACCAGUUAUACAAGCAUUCUUCCUGUCCUUUCCGAUGCCCUAAUUGUGGCCAGCGUUUUGAUACUGAAAACCUAGUGGUUGAACAUAUGUCAAACUGCCUGGAGCAAGAUCUGUUCAAGAACUCCAUGUUGGAAGAGAACGAGAGGGAUCACAGACGUAAGCAUUUCUGCAACCUUUGCGGGAAAGGAUUUUAUCAGCGUUGCCACUUGCGGGAACACUAUACCGUUCAUACCAAGGAAAAACAGUUUGUUUGUCAGACAUGUGGGAAGCAGUUCUUAAGAGAGCGCCAGUUGCGGCUCCACAAUGAUAUGCACAAAGGCAUGGCCAGGUAACCAUCCCACUACAUUGCGGGUGGUCACCAGAGGGACUUCUGCUUCUGACUCCCCAGAAAAUGAAAGGGAAAAAUAACAUACUGCCCUUCUCUCCAUGGCAAAAGCCCCAAAGACCAUGAAAGUUUGUGGAAAUGCAGAUAAGCUGACUAAAAAUAGAGUUUGCUGAAUACCAUAAAUUGCUUUUGGUUUUGGCAGCAGAUACACCAGACUUCUGGUAUUGGUUACGCUCCUCUUACACAAGUCGUUGUUAGGGCUUUUAUUUAGGAUGCUAAAGAUGGUGCCCUGGUUUCUUCCCUGCCUGUGGGUUUUCUACUGGUACCUACUGGUACAGAGUCACAGCUUCCAAACUACGGAGAUUCUGGUUUCUAGCCACUGGUUAUUGAAUUACUUACACAAAUCAGAAACAUUUUAAGAGACAAAAUCUGAAGUAUCCCUCCUUUGGGAAAAUGAUAGAUACAGUAAUACUGUAGGAAGAGGAAAUACAGGAUAGGAUCCUUUGGAACUGAUGAAGAAAUUGUCUUAGUAUGUCCCACAGCCCAGGAGAGAGCUCAGAUGUCUGAGCUACAUUGUUAUCAGGUGAAUUAAAUAGAAGUUGUGUACACUUACAUAUGCUGUAAAAUAUGACACUUAAUACUCUGCAUGCCUGGAAGUCUGAGGGUUAGCCCCACCUAGUCAGCUUUCAGAUGGAUUGUGUUUCACUUAGAUUUUACUGACACAGUCAGUUCUGCCAGAAAACACAGAGGUCCUGAUGUACAGUAACUUAAAAACUGGAAAAUAACUCAGUCAAGACACGAGAGAUUUUACAGUAUUUUUUACAGUUCUUUCAGUUUUAGUUUGUUGUUCAAAGAGUUAAAUAGUUCAAAGGCAGUUUCCUUUGGAGAAUGUUUAUUUGAUCAAGUUCAGUGUGGCUUAGACCCCAAACAGAAAUACCAACUUCAAACAGAGCACUACUAUGAGAGAAGGAAUAGUCUGUGGCCUUCCAGACCUCACAAGCUAUGUUGGUUUGUUACACAGAGUAAAAAAAAUGUCCUUUAGAACAGAUAUACAUUAACUCAGUGUAUUUCACACACCACAUCUUUUAUCUCCCAUCUGCUUCUCUCCCUGGUCCUUUGAGCCAUUACAGAGUGAAGGAACUACAGCCUCCUCAGUGAGAAGCAUAUACAGUGUGAUUGGACCAUCCAAGCUAUUUAGGUUAUUAGAGAAUGUUCGAGGAGCUGCUGCUCCUGUUUACUAAGUCUGAAAUACUACCUCCUUUGGGUUUUGGAACAGUGCUUAUCUUUGCUUCUUGGUUCCCUUUACAUUUCAGGAAGCAGGGUGGGGAAGAGCCCAGUGGGUGCUUCUCUUAGAUGGAGCCUGGAAAAUCUUGUUGACUGAGGCGCAUUGUUUUGUUUCUUCAGGUCCUUAGCUGGCUGAAUCUUCAGACUUCUAAUAAAUGUACUAAGCCUUAAAAAAGCAUUAUUAAUGCAUGAUGAGAUACACCAAGUUCAGCCACUGAACAUGAGAGUGGAACCCAUGCAAAUGCUGGUAGUGCAGGAGCCUGAUACCGGGCCAAAUCUGGAACGUCAUCUUUGAUCUGUCUCCAGAUCCUCCUUUUAUUUGUAAACAUCCAGCUAAUCACAGACUUCCUCUGACUUUGAUGAAGUGGAAGGAGCCGCAUCCUCCGUGAGCUCUGGGCAGGGCUGGAAUUCUGCAGAGGCUCAGGAUGCGGGGAUGGGGGUUCCAGCGCCAUCUCGUGGCUCGCUGGGAACGCGCCUGUCCCUCUUCCCAGGGCUGGAAUGCUCCAGUGUGCUGGGAGGAGGGUGAAGCAGAUCCUCCCGCAGCUGUGCAUCCCCAAACAGCUUCUGUGCUUAUGGCAGCUGGGCGAUUUUAGAGUCUGCGAGGAGGGCACAACGUUUUAUCUCUGAUCUCCCUUCCUGUGGGCUGCAGGCGCUCGGCAGUGCCGGCAGCUCUGUGUGUGCUACACCCCACCACAGUUGGCACUGAUUAGCAGUGUUUCUGCUGUCUCAUCGGAAAAAUGUGAUUUAAUAUUCACAGGCAGCCCACCUUCCCGCACUCAGAGGUGGUCCCACGCAGCACAGCCGAUGUAUUUGAGGGGGGUGGUGGAAUGAGGCUCAGUCGUGUGUGUGAGUUGUCUAUGAUUUGCAAAUGACAGAGAUUUUGGAUUGCAAAGUGCAAGCCGGCAUGGUAAUGAACAGCCAUGGUAAACAUCGAUGUUGCUUGGGGAAAAGCAGUGCUCACAUGCAUACUGUAGUUGGAACACCCUUUUUUGUUAGUUUACCAAAAAAAAAAAAAAAGAAAGAAAGAAAAAAAAAUGGUACUUCCUGACUUCUGAGCUUCUAGCAUGUAAGAGUUACUUUGCAAUAACAGCACCAGUACAGUGAAUUCCCCUCCAAGAUUUUAAGAAUGUGGUAGGGAGACACAUGGCCUGUCAGAACCUGCAGCACUUUGAAGGUAGCAGUUUGCCCAAGACCUAUUUCCCCUGUUCACAUCACCCUCAUGGCACAAAACAAAAAUCUUUUGUCCCAGCUGGCCUUUUUGUCCACCUUAAGUAUGUGACAUGGCAUAGAAGGCAGAUGAGGUACCAGACAAGCCUGAACCUGGCACAUGCAGUGAGUGAGGGCCUGGCCACGGUGCACACUGAGGUGUGGAGCAUCACUUGAGGCUUUCCUCUCAAAGGUGUGCCAGGAAAUUCAGCCCUGAGCUGGCCUUGAGGAUGCUUUGGCAGGUAAGUAAUACAAAGAGCUGCUAAACCUGGCUUCGUGUGCAGCCUCUGCAAUUUAGACACAACCACUUGGGCCAGGGCUGUCACAGCCUCAUAGAAACACCAAGUUUACCCAGAAGUGGCACAGUCAUAUACUUUGUACAAUGUGAUUCACAUAUCCAGAGAAAGAAGUCAUUGUGCAAAAAAAAUUCCCAACAACCCUGAGGAUUGUCCUCCAAGCUUACAUCCAUGCAUUUCCAGUUUCUUGAUUGUUGCUGUCAGACACAAAGGUGCUCAUAUUUGUCAUGAACUAGUGUGGUUGAAAGAGACUUAAAGAAAUUGUAAAUAAAUAUAAUUUAUCUGCAUUUAACCUAAAAUAGGAAUUUGGGGUGUGUGUGGAGGUGUGUGUGUUGAGUAAAUGCAUAACAGUUACCUCUGAGUUGGGCAAGAUAAAAAAGCCCACAACCAAAAGUACAGUCAAAUAUGAAGCAGUGAGAAGUAUUCCAGGGUGGGGGUGUUCCAAGCUAUGAGUGGCUGAAGGGAAAUAAUACUUGUGUGAUUUUUUGAGCAUCCAGUAAGCCAAGUCAUAAACCACUGCUGGAAAGUAACACAGUAUGAAAAAAUAUUUCUGGGAGGCUUGGGAAGUGAAGUUUUUCUUCAGCAAAUCUAUAGCUGUUUUGAAAAAGAAGGCAAAGGAAAAAGAAGCAAAAGUUUCUGAAACAAGAUGACAGCAUUGUUUAAGGUCCUGUUCUGGUGGGGUAAGGGUUGAAGGAAAUGUAUGGCUUUUUAAGAGUUCCUGACUCUGGUGGGUGCUCUGAAUAUAACUGAAGGAUGGGUAUUUAGAGCAAAACCACACAUGGUGAGGUGGGAGGGACCACAUCGUGCUAGCAAAUACAGUACUGCAGUGCGGGCUUCUGACUUUUAAUAUUUUUCUUGCAUUUCUUUUCUGCAUGGCAGUAGUGAAAUAGGGACUUCUAAGCUUCUGAACAACUGAGAGAACCAGAUUUGGAGAAGACAUGAGGAAGAACUGGUCGACAAAAGAUUUCAUAAAAACUCAGAACCUCGUGUGCCAGAUCUGAAUUGGCACCACCUUUGCUUUUUUGACAUACUGCAGCAGUCGCAAAAGGCACCAAAGCAGUCAAAUUAGAACAUGCAGUAAAAGUUGUUUUGGACUCUUCCAUGUAUUAUAAAUCCUACUUCCUUGUGACUAUUACUUACAGCUGUAAAAAACAAAUUCCAAGUCUUUCAUGGAGCAGACAGCCAAAAGAGGCAGAUGCCAGGUGUUAAGGGCUGCACUGAAAUGAAUUUGCAAAAUUUCUAUUCACAUGCUGGAGUGCUCCUUUCUUGAAAUGAGGCUUCUUAGAGUUGCUGUCAAAAACUGUAGAUUUUUUAGUUCAAACAUUACAAGUGUAUACUCAUGCACAAUGCUAAACUAUCAAGUGUUUAAAAAAAAGAAAAAAAGAGUAAGAGGUGAAAAAAAAAAUCUUAAAAACUGAGGACUGAGGGUCCCUGAGGAAAGACAGGAUGGUGAGAGAUCCAGCUGACUUGAUUUCCCCUGCUGCCAUGAUCAUCAUUUGCAAGCUGAAGAGGACCUUCCAUGGAGCACUGUGCUUGUAUGUGGAGAGUAAAGAAAUGGUGCUCUGGUCUUUUAAAAAGAAUGGUGAAAAUUUUUUACCAACAAGGAGAUGAGUAAAUGUGAAAUAAUCUUCACAGGGCACAGGGUGCACCUUGUUCUGGAGCUAAGCCUUGCAAAAGCUGGCUUGAAGAAGAGAAUCAGGCAUUCAUGUUCAGAUUUGAGCAUUUUAGGAAUGCUAAUGUUUCCAGCUAAAUUAAUGGAGGGGAGGCGGAAAACCUUAACCAAAAAAGCAAUAAGGCAGUAAAUUUCCCAAAUUAGGGCAAGCAUGAAUUAUAAAAAUAUCAAUUUCUUCUGCUUCCCCUCAGACAACAGUGGAUCAAAUUAAGACAUGUAAACAGGCUAAACAUGCUGAUUAUAUUCUGCUGUAGUUACUAAUUCUACUCAUGAUUAUAAAAGGAUGUUUCAUUGUUCCUAUAACUGUUAUCUCAAGAAGAGUCUGUCUAUAAUUUUAUUUAUAAUUGGCAUCAUUUUCAUUACUGUUGUUACAAAGUGUGUACAAUAUUGUCUGUAUUGCAGCUUGUAUAGGGCAUGUGUCUGUGCUUGCUUUACUCUUUUUGAGUUUAUAAAGUUACUAUACAAAUGCAAGAAAAGAUGUUCAGAUAUCUUUGAAUGUGGUUGCUCAAUCUAAUUAAGUAGCCCCCAGUGUUUCAGCAUAUAGAUGUUGAAGGUGUCAGCCCUAUUAACACAUAACACCUUAAACAUAAAUGUAGGUAUUUGAAAAGCCUCCAGUGCAGCACUGGAAUGCUGACACUUCAGUCCCAGUGGCUGUAUGGAGCGAAGGGGAGGAUGGUGAAUAUCAAAGCUGGAUACCACUGGGGACUCUUCAGGGAGAAGGCACAAGAUAUCUGAGAGCAAAUGAGAUGUCCUUUCUGUAGAAAACAUGAAGGACCUUAAGAGUAGGACCACCACGAAGCAGAGGAGAGAAGGGAAUACAUUUAUAGCAUUGCCUUCAACAGUAUACAAAGCGUAGGACAUCUAGAACAGUUCUGUAACUUAGCUAUUCCAGUCUAUGCAGAGUAUCAGUAAAGACAUUCCAGGUUAGUUAUCAUCAUCUUUAAAGCUUAUUCUGUGCUUUGCAACAGUAUCUUUAAUAAAAUACUCUUACAAAUCUGCUUA